AAAAGGCGGAAAACAGAUCGGUAAGAGGACAUUAAAAGACACCGAAAUACAGAUAGAGUUUAUCUUCAGAGUUGGAGAGUAAACAGUCUGGAGGUUUCACCGACAAAUAACUAGCACCUUUGCUAACUAGCUGGAACUAAAGUAUGGACUCUCCAGGCAGAAGUCAAAGUCCCAGUCCUGCGCAAAAAGAACAAAGUGGACCGCCAGAAGACAAGUCCAAUCCCGCAGCAGAGACGCCUCAACAGGCCGAAUCGGUUGAAAGAAGCCCCAAAGAGAAGUCAUCCCCUCAAGCCAGUCCUGCAGGGCGUUCCCCCUCCAGGAGUCCCGCCUCCGGGAGUGGUGCCUCCAGCAGCUCAGACGACAGCAGCAGCAGUGAUGAUGAGGAUGAACAUCAUGGUGCAUUGAGGAAGUUAAGGAGCAGUGUAGCUCAGAUCAAAAGAUCAAAAUCCAAGUCUGUGUCCAGAGAAAGAGACGGAUCCAUAUCCAAAGACCGAGACAGAUCGAGGUCUAGAGAGCGAGACAGAUCCUGGGGACGGGACAGGUCCAGAUCCAGAUCUAGAGAGAGAGACAGAUCAAGAUCCAGAGGACGAGACAGGUCCAGGUCAAGAGGACAAGACAGAUCCAGGUCCAGAGAGAGAGACCGGGACCGGGGUCGCUACGACAGAGGACGCUAUACACGGGAUCGCUAUGAUGAUCGGCGUGACGAUAGGGACGGGCGUGACCGGUGGACCAAUCGGGGUGCCGAGUCAGAUCACAGGAGGCGAGGACACUCCGGCUCCCCUACAACAGACCGGGAGCCAGUGGCGGCAGAGGGGCCGCCGGUCAAGAAGAAGAAGGAGGAGAUCGACCCGAUCCUGACCAGGACGGGUGGAGCUUACAUCCCCCCCGCCAAGCUGCGCAUGAUGCAGCAGCAAAUCACUGACAAGACCAGCCUGGCCUAUCAGAGGAUGAGCUGGGAGGCCCUGAAGAAGUCCAUCAACGGUCUGAUCAACAAAGUCAACGUGUCCAACAUCGUCCACAUAAUCCAGGAGCUGCUGCAGGAGAACAUCGUCAGGGGCAGGGGUCUGCUGUCUCGCUCGGUGCUGCAGGCUCAGGCGGCGUCGCCGACCUUCACUCACGUUUACUCUGCCGUCGUCGCCAUCAUUAACUCCAAGUUCCCUCAGAUUGGAGAGCUGAUCCUCAAACGCCUCAUCCUGGCCUUCAGGAGGAGCUACCGCCGCAACCUCAAGCAACAAUGCUUGACGGCCUCAAAGUUUGUGGCACAUCUCAUCAACCAGAACGUGGCCCACGAGGUUCUUUGUCUGGAGAUGCUCACUCUGCUGUUGGAGCGUCCGACUGACGACAGCGUGGAGGUCGCCAUCGCCUUCCUGAAGGAGUGUGGACUCAAACUGACCGAGGUGUCCCCGCGAGGAAUCAACGCCAUAUUUGAGCGUCUCAGGAACGUCCUUCACGAGUCGGCCAUUGAUAAGAGGGUCCAGUACAUGAUCGAGGUGAUGUUUGCCAUCAGGAAGGAUGGUUUCAAAGAUCAUCCAGUGAUCCUAGAGGGCCUGGACCUGGUGGAUGAGGGAGACCAGUUCACCCACAUGCUGCCGCUGGAUGACGAGUACAACACCGAAGAACUCCUCAAUGUGUUUAAGAUGGACCCAGACUUCCUGGAGAGCGAGGAGAAAUACAAAACCAUUAAAAGAGAUAUCCUGGACGAGGGCAGCAGCGACUCAGGGGAGGAGGGCGAUGGCAGCGACGAAGAGGAAGACGAUGAAGAAGAGAACGCGGAGGAGGGAGGAGAUGAGAAAAUCACCAUCUAUGAUAUGACAGAAGUCAACCUGGUUGCUUUUAGAAGAACCAUCUACCUCGCUAUCCAGUCCAGUUUGGACUUUGAGGAGUGCGCUCACAAGCUGAUCAAGAUGGACUUUCCUGACAGCCAGACGAAGGAGCUUUGUAACAUGAUCCUGGACUGCUGCGCCCAACAGAGAACCUACGAGAAGUUCUUUGGUCUGCUGGCCGGGAGGUUCUGUCUGCUGAAGAAGGAGUAUAUGGAGAGUUUUGAGGGGAUUUUUGCGGAGCAGUACGAAACCAUUCACCGGCUGGAGACCAACAAACUGAGGAACGUGGCUCGGCUGUUUGCUCACCUGCUCUACACGGACUCUGUGCCCUGGAGUGUGCUGGAGUGCGUCCGGAUGAGCGAGGAUACCACAACGUCAUCCAGCAGGAUCUUUGUUAAGAUCCUUUUCCAGGAGCUCUGUGCCUACAUGGGCCUCCCCAGACUCAACCAGAGGCUCAAAGACCCGACUCUGCAGCCGUACUUUGAAGGUCUCUUUCCUCGUGAUAAUCCCAGAAAUACUCGCUUUGCCAUCAACUUCUUCACCUCUAUCGGACUGGGAGGCCUGACGGACGAGUUGAGGGAACAUUUGAAGAAUGCUCCCAAGAUAAUCAUGACUCAGAACCAGGAAGUGGAAUCCUCUGACUCCUCCUCCUCCUCAGACUCCUCUUCGUCUGAGUCCUCCUCCUCCUCAGACUCCUCGAGUGAAUCAGAUUCCUCUGACUCCAGCAGCAGCUCAGACGAGGACAGCAAACAGAAAAAGAAGAAGAAGAGAAAAGAACAAAGCGAGGAGAAGAACAACAAGAAGAAGGGGGAGGACAAGAAGAAGAAGAACAAGAAGAUCAAGAACAAGAAGGACAAACAGUCGGACAAGAAGCGAGUCGAACGCAAGAACGACGAUGACCACGGUGACGAGAAGCAGGCGAGGAAGGACAGGAAAGGCCUCGCACGUGAGGUGGAGGGGCAUGAGCGUGCACGUGAGGUAGAGGGGCGUGAGCGUACACGUGAGGUAGAGGGGCGUUCACGUGAGGUGGAGGGGCGUGAGCGUACACGUGAGGUAGAGGGGCGUGCACGUGAGGUGGAGGGGCGUGAGCGUGCACGUGAGGUAGAGGGGCGUGCACGUGAGGUGGAGGGGCGUGAGAUGGCAGGGCGUGCACGUGAGGCAGAAGGCCGUGAGCGCGCACGUGAGGUAGAGGACCGUGCGGCUACCCACCGGAGCAGACGUGACGAAAGGGCUGAGGAGGAGGAAGAAGAGGAGGAGAAGGAGGAACGGAGGAGAAGCAAAAUGGACUUUCAAGGCCGACAAAGAGACGGAGUGAGCGAGAGAGACAGAGGGAGGGUCAGAGAGAGCGAGCGAGCGAGGGACCGAGAGCCUGAGGAGAAGAGAGAGGGCGAGAAGGAGCGAGAAAAGCCGAGGGAGAGGGAGAGGAAUAAAGAGAACAGAGACAGGAACCGAGAGCGAGAGGAGAGAAGGAGGAGGUGAAGCGGCAGUGAUGGACUGACGCGGACAUCUUCUCCUUCUGUACCUCCUCCCGUCAUCACUCUGGGUGUUGGGGAUUUGGGUAUUGCUCACUCACUCUCUUGUCUAUCUCUUGACUUAAUCUGUCUGUCUGUAUUUUCUAUUAAGAUGUUUGUUGUUGGUGACAUUUUGGGGAGAAAAACUAAAAACAUUAAAGUUGCUUUCGAUGUUUUUUUUAAAUCGUUUUCAGUUUCAACUGUUUUCAGCUCCUGACCAUUAUUUAGGAAGCAAUUGAUCAGCAAAAAUAACUAAAUGUUCUACUUAUCAGCA